GAAUAUGGUUUGUCGCCGUAACAAGUGAUAGAAAUAAAAAUAAGUAAAAUAUUGAAAGAAAAUUAAAAUGAGAAACCAAUUUUUAUUUCCAUUCUUCAUAGUGUAUUGUAUGUACCAAUGUGCAGGGGAGAAAAGUGGCGAUGGAUUGAUAUUUGCACAUAUUCUAUUUCGUCAUGGCGAACGUAAUAUACUUUCGCCAUAUCCAUCGGAUGAUUUCAAGGACGAAAAAUAUUGGCCCGGGGGUUUUGGUGAACUCAACAGCAUCGGUAGAAAGCAGCAAUAUGAACUAGGCGAAUAUCUUGCAAGGAGAUAUAAGAACCUUAUUGGAGAGAAUGGUUAUCAUAAAGAUAAAGUAUAUGUCCGGAGCACCGACGUUGAUCGAACUUUGAGCUCUGCAGCUCAUACAUUGGCUGGAAUGUUUCCACCAACAAAAAAACAGAUUUGGAAUGAAAAAUUUGGCCGCCUGUGGCAUUCUAUUCCAAUUCAUACUGUUCCGGGAAUUGAAGACGAAAUCUUAGGUGUAAAAAAACCAUGCCCAAGAUAUCGAUUAGCCAUCAAUAAAGCCAAAAAUUCACACGAAAUACAAGCUCUUAUCAAACAACAUGAUGAGCUUUUGAAAAAUUUGACACGAUUUACUAAUAGCUCAAUCGCAUCAGUCGGAGAUGUUCAUAAGCUUUACGACACCCUUAAGGUAGAACAUUCAAAGGGAUUAAAAAUUCCAAAAUAUUUAAAAGAUUUGGUGAAAGAGGGAUCUGAUAUGGAAAAGGUUGCAAAUAUGCAAUUCAGCUUUUAUGCAAAAACACGAGAUACGGCACGAAUCAGACCUGGAUUUUUAUUUAAAGAGAUCUUGGAACAUUUUGUGCAAAAGGCAAAUAAAACAUUGACACCGGAUCGAAACCUUUGGAUAUACUCAGCACACGAUGUUACAAUAGUAACCAUUUUAAAUGCUCUUGGUAUAUUCCCGCCAAAAACCCCAACCUAUUCAUCUUCUUUAUUUUUCGAACUUCAUAAAACUGGAGACAAAUUCCACAUUGAAAUUUAUUACAAACACGAACGUGGAAAUGAUAAAGUUCCAUUAAAACCACUCAACAUUCGAUGCGGUAUAAAAUGUUCAUUGGAUGCAUUUUAUGGUGCUUACAAUGACAUUAUUCCAACUAAAGACUUUGAUACUGAAUGUAAACUUGAUUAGAGUGUACUGUAGUGAGUUUUACAGUGAUUUUUGAAUGAAUUUAUUUUAAAAAAUAGUUGGUCAAAAACUAUUUGUGGACUUAAUAACAUCACUAUUAAUCAAUUACAAAGAAAUUGAGAAUAAAGUAAAAAAAUUAAUUAAUUAAUUUUAA